AUGUCCAAACCCAGCCAGCUCUAUCUCCUCGCAGAUCACAUCAAGCUCUCGUUGCUGGAACGCCAGCGCGCCAAGAGUCUCAAUCUCGACAGUGACACUCAGGAUGGCCACCUGUCGCGGUCGCUCGAGCAAUUUCGCGCCGGGCUCACAUCCCUCCAGCAGGAGAAGUCGCGUUUAGAACAGACCGGUGACGAGAAUGCCGCGAAGUCCAUCACCGAUGCCCUGCCCGAGCUCCAGAAACAGUUUGAAGACCUGACGGCCCAGUUCCACGGCUUCUCGUCACCAUCUACGGAGGCGACGUUGACCCAAGCCAACUCGGACGAGCUGGCCGAGGACUUCGCCCACGCGGCGUCAACAUCAGCGUCCGGGCCGGGCUCCCGGAAAUCCAAAUCGGUGCGCUUCAGUGAUACGCCGUCGGACCCUUCAAGCGACUUGUUUGGUCCGUAUCGGGAUGACCCGGCAAUAAACGACACGGCUGGCUACCGCGAUCAAGCCGAGGAAAUGUCCAACCAGCAGCUGCACCAGUACCAUUCGCAGAUCCUAGAGCAACAGGAUGAGCAGCUCGACCGACUAGGUGAAUCUAUUGGCCGCCAGCGCGAGCUGAGCAUGCAGAUUGGCGACGAACUAGACAGCCAUGUUGCCAUGCUGGACGAGGUCGAGGCAGUCACAGACCGCCAUCAAAGCCGGCUCGACCGGGCCAAGAGGACCCUGGGCAAGGUGGCCAAGGGCGCCGGCGAGAAUAAGCAGAUGACCGCCAUCAUCGUCCUCAUUAUCAUUCUUGUCCUCUUGAUUGCGAUUUUGAAAUAA